GGUGAUUAUGAAGCUCUCUCUUCAGAAUGUAAUUUCUGUAUAUAUGAUGAACUUCUUUAUAUGGGUGAUUAUGAUGAUUACGAAUCUAUCUUUUCAGAAUUUAUUUACGUGGGUGAUUAUGGAUAGCACCAAAAUGAUGAUUAUGAAUCUAUCUCUUCACUUGUGCAUAUAUCAAAAUGAUUUUCUCUCUCAUGGUUCAUAUUUAAGACUGUAACCAACCUCCACGAGCACUCACCCUCUCUCUCACACCAGCCUACCCAAAAAACAUGUUCCACUAGCUCUUCUCUCUCUCUCUCUCUCUCUCUCUUCUUUUGAGCAGGCAUUGUAUUGCACAUUGCAUUCUCUGUUCUGGGUCCUCUCCCUCUCUCUCUCCCUUCUCUGUUUCUUCUUGUAACAGUCAUUUUUCAUAGUAGCGUCCUGUCUCUGAGUUCUUUGAGCAGUCAUGGCACUUUCUUUCUGGAGUGUUCUUAUUUUCCUCGGUUUAUUCAUGUCGAUGCAUGAUGCGGCAUUAGAGAAUCAUAAUCGUGCUCUUUCCCCACCAAGAGGAUGGAAUUCUUAUGAUGCAUAUUCAUGGAUUAUAUCCGAGGAAGAAUUCCUUGAAAAUGCAAGGAUUGCAUCAGAAAAGCUGCUUAAUUAUGGAUAUGAGUAUGUAGUGGUAGAUUACCUGUGGUAUAGGAGAUUGGAAAAUGGAUCAAGUUCAAAUGCAUUAGGAUUCGAUGUUAUAGAUGAGUGGGGGAGGCCAACUCCUGAUCCAAAGAGAUGGCCUUCAUCCAAGGGUGGAAAAGGCUUCAAAGAAGUUGCCUCCAAAGUGCACAGUAUGGGUUUAAAAUUUGGAAUUCAUGUCAUGAGAGGAAUAAGCACACAGGCCGUCAAUGCCAACACCCCAAUAUUGGAUCCCUACAAGGAAAGUUUCUAUGAGGAAUCAGGGCGCAUAUGGAGAGCUAGAGAUAUUGGGCUUAGAGAAAGGGCAUGUGCGUGGAUGCCGUCAGGUUUCAUGAGUGUUGAUACAGAGCUGGGUGCUGGUAAAGCAUUCCUAAGGUCACUAUAUCAACAGUAUGCUGAAUGGGGUGUGGACUUUGUGAAGCAUGACUGCAUCUUUGGUGAUGAUUUGGACAUAAGUGAGAUAAGUGUUGUUUCAGAGAUAUUGAAAGAGCUAAGCCGCCCCAUCUUGUACUCUCUCUCUCCUGGUAGCCGAGCAACACCAGCAAUGGCUGCAGAAAUCAGUACUCUAGUAAAUAUGUAUAGGAUAACUGGGGAUGAUUGGGAUACAUGGGCGGAUGUUGAAGCACAUUUUGAUGUGUCAAGGGACUUUGCUGCAUCUCGCUUGAUUGGAGCAGAGGGGUUACUGGGGAAAUCAUGGCCGGACAUGGAUAUGCUACCACUAGGAGUACUAACUGAUGCUGGUGUAAAUGAAGGUCCACAUAGAAACUGUAGACUAACAUUUAAUGAACAGAGAACUCAGAUGACAUUAUGGUCCAUGGCCAGAUCUCCCCUAAUGUUUGGAGGCGAUUUGAGGCAGAUUGACUAUACUACCUUCUUUAUCAUCACACAUCCCAUCUUAUUGGAAAUUAAUUCUUUCAGCAAAAACAAUAUGGAGUUCCCAUUGGUUAGUUCAAUCAGGACAGUGAUGCCUAGUAGCCAUCAUCGACUCCGAAGCUCUUUGACCCCGGGUUAUAUGGAUGGAUCCAAUAAAGGAACAUUAGGUCUUACCAGCUGCAAGGAUCAGAAAGCAGGAAGCUGGCUAAUUAAAACUCAUAAUGGAGACAUGGAUCAAGUUUGCUGGAAAGGUCACUCAAGUGGAAAUAAAGACCCAGGUUUCUGUAUGUAUAAAAGGGAAUUAUUACCAUCAUUGGAUGAAGAGAACGAUUACAAGAAGCAUUAUCAAGGGAAGUUUCAUUUGCUACCAUCCAAAACAAAGGAUCACUGUUUGGAUUUGUCCAUCAAGAGAAAACCCACUGUGUGGAAUUCAAAUGAGAACACAACUUUCCCUUGUAAAUGGGAUACAAAACAGAUGUGGGAAUUAACCCAUGAUGGCAACCUUGUGAAUAGUUAUGCUGGACUUUGUGCGACAGUUAACGCUGAAAAAGGUAUGAUGACAACUAAAGGCAUCAGAUCAUGGAUUGCAACCGGAAGGAAAGGGGAAAUAUAUUUAUCCUUCUUCAACUUAAACCCCGAAUCCACCAUAAUAUCUGCAAACAUAAAAGAUUUAGCAAGCGUGUUAUCUCCAGCUUACUUCACGAAUUAUUUGUGCACAACCUUUGAAGUUUGGAGUGGAAGAGAACUGGGGAUUAUUAAUGAGAGACUGUCAAUGGAAGUUGGAAGUCAUGGUUGUGCAUUGUUCGUAUUGAAAUGCAGAUAGUGCGAGUCUCUUGGGUUUUAUGGAACGGUUGCUUAAGCUGAAAAGUAUAUUUGUUAGGUAUUGAAGUAAGGGUAAUUUAUAAAUUGUUAAAUAAAAUCGGGUUGUUAUUUAUUACUUCCCUUCCGUUU